UCCAAAUGCCCGGAAUUCGCAGAGCGGAGAACCCGACUGAAGGCCGCUAAAAAUCUCGUGGAGAUGGGCAUAUCUCACAUGAUUGCCAUUGGCGGAGACGGAACUUUGAAAGGUUCACUCUAAAUUUUCUUGUUGACAAACUUUUUUUUUCUUUUUAGCGAUCAUUUUUCUUUUCAAAGUGAUCUAUUUUUAACUUUAGAUGGGAAAACGGGGAAACCCCCGGUUUAAAAAAAAAAUGUGUCUUCCCCCUACCCCCAUGUUACUAAAAUGUCAAAAUGGGCUUUGAAAAUACUUCCUUGGUCCCCAUCAACCUGUCGACGCUCCUGGAGGGAAACGGUGUUUAUAAGUAAAGUUCACUUUGCAAAGAUAAGGUAUAUUUUGAAACGAUCUCAUCGGGGAUGGAAAUGCCAUUCUAAUGUGGAAAAAAAAACAACAAACAAACAAACAAACAAACAAAGAACAUAUUACUAUAUCUCUAGGUAUAGAAUUAGAAUAGUUUUUGAGUCAUGCUUUUUAGUAAUUAAAUGUAAAAGUCAAUUGAACCCGUGCUAAACUAAGCUGGUCCAGUUUACUCUUAUCAAAGCACGGAAAUCAAACGGUAAUCCCUUCCAUUUGUUUGUUUGUUUGUUUGUUUAGUUUAUUUAGUUUGUUUUCUUGGGGCUGUGUUAGUAAAUGUGCGUUCUCCAUCUCUCCACACCAUAAAGGUAGUCACGUGCUUCAGAUGGAGUGGAUCACUAACUUGCGUUGUUAUUAACUUAUGUGUUUUUUCUAUCGCUCCCCACCAAAAAGGGUGUUCACGUGCUUCACACAGAAUGGAUCACUUUGUUGCGGUGUUUAUUAAAUGCGCUUUCUCUAUUUCUCCAUUCCUUCUACACCAAAAAAGGUAUUCACGUGCUUCAGACGGAGUGGAUCAGUUUGUUGCGAGACCUUGACGAGCAGCACCUGGUGAACAAGGAAAAACUCCAAGCGUAA